GUCCGUGUGUCCCUGUCACUGUCCGUGUGUCCCGUCCCUGACUGUCCGUGUGUCCCGCAGGGCUGGCUGUGUGUCCUGGCGCUGCUGGCGGUUUUGGGGCGCUGCCGGGGGCUGCGGCUCCCCGGGGGUGUCCCCGGGUCGUGCCCCGGGCGCUGCUGCAGCGCUGCCGAGCUGGGGGCCGAGGCUCCCCCGGUGGAGCUGCUGGGGCGGCGGCUGCGCUGGGACCGCUACCUGCCGGUGCAGCUGGUGCCGCAGCUGGAACAGCUGGAGCAGCUGGAACAGCUGGAGGCCGCCGGGGCCCGGCGCCACCGCCCGCGCUCCUGCCCCGCUCUGGCGCUGCGCUCCGGGCUCCACAGCAAAAUCCACGAGCGCUCGCUGUCCCCGUGGCGCUACCGCAUCGACGUGGACGAGAACCGCUACCCACGCCGGCUGGCGUUCGCCGAGUGCCUGUGCGGCGGCUGCGUGGACGUGAAAAGCGGCCGGGAGACCACGUCGCUCAACUCGGUGCCGAUCCACCAGACCAUGCUGGUGCUGCGGCGCAAGCCGUGCCCGCUGCCCGGGCUGCCGGGGCGCUUCGAGCUGGAGGUCGCCUACAUCCAGGUGCCCGUGGGCUGCACCUGCGUCCUGCCCCGCACCGUGCGCUGACCCCCCGCGCCAGCGCCGCCCCCACGCGUGACCGUGUCACCGCCCGGCCCCCGCCCGUGCUUGUUUUAGAGCACCCGACCCCGCCAGGGCGCUCCCUCCCCUGGUUAUUUAUGAGUUAUUUAUCAGCCUUGCUGCCGGGGGGGGCUUUUUGUGCCCCCUAUUUAUUGCUGACACCCCCCCAGCCACGGCUGUGACUCCAGGGCCAGCACUGCCCCACGGCCAGACCCUGUGAGUGCUGCCCAGCCACUCACUGGUUAUUUAUUCCUCCAAAAAAAGCUAUUUAUUGUCAUCU